AUGGCGACAACGGCAACAGCGCCCCAAUACCUCGAAGGUGAUACUUCGGCCGACUUUGGCGACUUCGUCAGCACCCAGGAUGAGGAGCUUGACUUCGGGGAGGUUAUGGAGCCCUGGAAGAAAUACGAUGAAAAGGACACUGCACAUGUCUUAUAUCCCAUUUGCCUCGGACAAGAACUCAAUGAGAGAGAUACUUGGUAG